AACUUCCCUUGUAUGCAACUCCCUCUGCCUCCCUGCGGAUGGCUCCAUGGCUCUGGUUCGACCUUAGCAAGUCACCCUUCCCUCGGCUCGUCAAUGGCUCGACCGGUAUCUCCAUCGGGCCGACUAGGAACCCCAAGUUUUUAGCUCAUUGCAAAAAUAUUGCACAUUCAAGGGAGACGCAGUACUCAAAUGCUAAACAAGACCCAUGGAAGUCUCUGUUGAGCUUAGUGCCAACAAAAGCAGAUAACAACUCACAGUUAUCAACCAUUGUUUCCAUUAAGAAUGAGGCAUUGAAGUUGGUAGUGGAUAAGAAAUACGAUGUAUUAGAGUGCCUUAUGAGAUGCUUGAGCAAUAGGGGUGAUACAAAUGAUGACGUGGAAUACGAGGCUCGGGUGGCAUAUGUCCAAUUUCUUAUAUAUCUGGAUGAAUACAACAAAGCUCUAGAAUUUCUAGAGGAGGAUGGCAGAUUUCCAAAAUCUGCAUCAUCUGAUGCAAGACCUUGCCUUUACAAGGCUGUGGUACAUACCAUGUUGGGCAAACAUGAUGCUGAAAAAUGUUGGAAUGCAUACUUAAAAACCCUUAACAAUGGCAACGUAAAUGACACAUUUUUAACUCAUUCCAACAAUAAUACAUAUCCAGAGCUGUUGUUCUUGACCGAUGCUAAAGCCCCAUUGAAGUCACUAUUGAGCUUAGAGGAAAAAAACUCAUCGUUAGCGAAGAUUAUUCCCGCCAAGGUUUCUGAACUAGUUGAAUAUUCGUUUAAUCCCGAGAUUUUGGAGGCAGAAUAAGGCAUUGAAG